GCUUAUAAAAUGCCGUUGGAGGCGGUCGCCCCUCGCGCGCGAAAUCAGUCUGCGCCGGUGCUGGGUAGUCAUAGCAUCCCCUCAGCUCGACGUUUGCGAAGGGAACGUCCAGACUCGGCUUCUCCCAUUCUCGUCAGAUCUCGCCACUACCUCCGCCCCACACCUUACCAUGGAUUGUCGGCAGCGGAGUUCUCAGAGUGCCGGGGCGAGCUCAGGGAAUAGCUGCUGGGGCGGCGACAGCAGCACACUUUCUCCAUCCCGGUGGUCUCUUGGACGCAAAAGACGAUUGGAUGGAAGGCACAGAAAACCCGAAGAUGUUGAUUCAUCUCUGUUUGUUGAAGAUGAGACCAAAUCUAGAAAUGCAGAAGAAACCGAAUGUCGAAAUUCAGACAACAGGCUUGAAAGCUUUACAACACCAGAAGGCCCCAAACCUCAUUCAAGAUGUAAAGACUGGGGAAGUGCAGUUGAAGAGGACGAAAUGAGGACCAAAGUGAAUAAAGAAAUUGCAAGAUACAAAAGAAAACUUCUCAUAAAUGAAUUUGGAAGAGAAAGAAAGUCAUCUUCAGGAAGUUCUGAUUCAAAAGAAUCGACAUCUACAGCACCAGCAGAAUUAGAAACAGAUGAAACUGUUCUGAUGAGGAGACAAAAACAGAUAAAUUAUGGAAAGAAUACCAUUGCCUAUGAUCGAUACAUUAAAGAAGUUCCAAGGCAUCUUAGACAACCUGGAAUUCAUCCUAAGACUCCAAACAAAUUUAAGAAGUACAGUAGGCGAUCAUGGGACCAGCAGAUCAAACUGUGGAAGGUUGCUUUACAUUUCUGGGAUCCUCCAGCUGAGGAAGGCUGUAACUUACAAGAAAUCACCCCAGUAGAUAUUGGUGAAAUGGAGACUGAAUCUGCCGAAAGUAGUUCUGAAUCACAAACAAGCUCUCAGGAUAACUAUGAUAUGUAUUCUGGCACGCCCACAAAAGUUAGACAUGUUGAUUAUCAAGCAGGAGAUGAAUUUGACUUGGAGGCUUGUUUGACUGAACCACUGAAAGAAUUCCCAUCUGUGAGCUAAGGGUGCCACCUGGAGGCUAUUUUGAGGAAAUGAAUGCCAUUCUAAAAUGACAUUGUUUAGGUGAAAAUAAUUCUGGUAAAAUGUUGGCCAAACUAUGUUGUGCAUUGGUAACUGGAUGUUUCCUUCCUGUUCAUAGUUCAUUGUUUCAUGAUAUUGCUAUUCUUGCCUCAUUUUCUUAUUUUUACGUAAUUUUUUGUAUAUUGGAUGGGUUUGCAAGUGUUAAAUUAUAAAUCACAACAACCCAAGAAAAGUGACAUUGAAACAAUUUAAUUGUUCCACAGGUUUCUCUUCAAGUUAACUUGGCUGACAGAAAUGGUUUUUUCCAGGUAUAAAAUGCCGCAUUGGUCUCUUGGUUUUAUCAUAGAACUACAAUAAGGGGCCAGCAUUUCUUUGUGUUUUGCCAGUGUGCUUUGAGUUGAAUGUGACUCCAUUUUCUUUACAGACUAAAUUCUUGGCAUCUCUUCAAGGUGUCAGGUGUAUUAAGCUUUUCGUUUUAUCCAGAGCACUGGAAAGUCACCAUAGAUAUGGUGAAUUAUUUGAAUACUGAGCUUGAAAAUUGCUGUAUACUUGGUUUGGUUCUUGUAAAUAGUCAGUGAUAGCUCUUCUUGUGAUAUUUGAAGAAGAGUUAAAGGAAUGCAAAGUAUGUAGGGUAAAACUUUUUUUAAAUACAGCCAAUUAAUAAGCCAUGUAAAAUUGUAAAUGAUAACAUUGUACAGAUUUUCUGUUCAAAUAUUCAAUUGUAAACUUAAUACAGUUAAUGUUUUAA